AUGUCGAUGAACAACCCGCCAACGCCGUACGGACACGGAAUGGGCGCGGCGCCGUCGCCGUCGCCGGCCAUGUACGGGCAGCAAUACACGCCUCAACACGCGUCGGCUUCGCCUGUCGCGUUGCCUCAUCAGACACCAGUGCCGCUGCCCCAGAUUCCUCCUCACCAGGCGUCUCACUCUCCGCAACAGCCCAUCCGUCCCAUGUACCAGCAGCAGGGAUACUUUCAGCAACAGCAGCAGCAGCAACAGCACCUUCCACCACAGCAGCACCACCAGCCGCCGCCGCCGCACUACCCGCAGGCCCAAGCGCCCCCCGUGGCACAGCACGGACACGGACACCACCAGAUGCAUCCACAAAUGAUGACAGCAAACUCUUUGGGCCCAACGACGUUCAAUCACCACCAGAUGCAGCCUCACCCAACUGCAGCCCGCACCCCCAUGGCGUCUGCACCCAAUGCCAUGCCGCCAAACAACGCCUACAACCCCCCGCGCCCUCCCGAGGUUUUUGUCCUGCCCGACCACAUCAACGACCAAAUUCCCGAGGAGGUGCGCAGCCAGUACAACAGGGACGAGAACGGCAGAAUCAUUUUCUUCACCACACCGCCCGCCGCGCGCCCCGAACAUGGCCUUGCGCCGGACCACGCAAACACGGGCCAUAGCCUCGCCUACCUUGCCAAGAGCAACCCGGAAUGGCUGUCGGAGCGUGCGAGCAAGGCAAAGGCCUUCUCCGUUGUCAAGCAGAAGGAGCUGAAGACCAAGAUGGUCAUUGACGAGAUCACCAAGGGCAAGACGCAGGAGGAGCUGCAUGACUGGGCGAGCGACGCAUGGGCUCUGUAUUGGAAGAGCCAUGCCCAGGAAACGAUGCGCAUGCGCGAGGAUGGCGACCUGGAUGGACACGACCAGAUGGUGAGGGAGCAGCAUGCAGUCAAGGUCAAGUCCAGAAGGGAGCGUGAGGAGGAGGCCGAUAGGGCCGAAGAGGCCAAGAAGGCCAGCUAUCUCGAGGGCAUCUACUCGGCCCACACCAGCAUGCGUUCCUCCAAGCCACGUGGUGUCUGA